UGCCACUAGCCUCCCUUUCCCUCCCUUUCAUUACUUUUCGCUCCAGGCCCUGGACCUUCGUUCGUGCUUGAGGUCUGGAAGCGGACUUUCAAACCAAGCUGGGUUUUAAUCGGAGAGUGAGAGAGAGUAGGGUUUAAGGGGGGCGGAGAGAAUGGGGAAGAAGACGGCCAGGGUCUCGGCUCUGGACAUGCCGGACGUCCCAAUGGGGCAGCUUCCGGAGCACCUCCAGCUCCAGAGGACCCGCGUCCUCUGUGCAUCCGAUGCUCCAUCUCACACAGAGAGCGUUCAGUAUUCUGGAGCAUAUGCCGCGAUGGGUAUCGAUAACGGUCGGGGAGUUGAAAGCUUUUGUAAAAAUUUUAAGGUGGAGAUAAUUAAACUUACGGAGGAGAUGAUUGAAUUUGAUAUGGUCGGAAUUGAUGCAUCACUUGCUAACGCCUUCAGAAGGAUCCUUCUUGCAGAGGUUCCAACUAUGGCUAUUGAAAAGGUCUUUAUUGCAAAUAACACGUCAGUUAUUCAAGAUGAAGUGCUAGCACAUAGAUUAGGUUUGAUACCGGUUAAAGUAGACCCACGUUUGUUCGAGUGUUUGUCAGAAAAUGAUGUUGCUAAUGAGAAGAACACAAUUGUUUUCAAGUUGCACGUAGAAUGUAAAAGAGGUGGUCCUCGGUUGACAGUGAAAUCUGAUCAACUUCAAUGGUUGUCCAAUGGGAGUGAAUUUCUAAAGGAGCCAUCAGAUUCAUCUUCAAAGCCAAAAACUUAUACUGCAUUUAGUUGUGACCAAAGGUCAUUGCCAGAGUUUUCAAAUAAUGCAGUCACUGUUCAAGAUCCUGACAUCAUCAUUGCCAAGCUUGGUCCUGGCCAGAUUAUUGAACUUGAAGCUCAUGCUGUCAAAGGGAUUGGGAAAACUCAUGCCAAGUGGUCCCCAGUGGCUACAGCUUGGUAUAGAAUGCUUCCUGAGGUUGUAUUGCUAAAAGAUGUUGUUGGCGAUAAAGCUGAGCAGCUUGUGGCAAAGUGCCCUGUCAAGGUCUUUGAUAUUGAAGACUUGGGUGGAGGUAAUAAAAAGGCAGUUGUGACCAAUUCUCGUGCUUGCACCCUGUGCCGAGAGUGCAUCCGGAAGGAAGAAAGGACGGCAUCUGCAGGCAACGAAGAUGAUGAGAAAAAAGAGGAAUCUGAUGCUGAGGACAAAGAGGAAGAAACAGACUCUGCAUUUGAUUGGAGCCAAGUUGUGCAGUUACAUCGCAUCAAAGAUCAUUUUAUCUUCACAAUCGAGUCAACUGGUGCAUUGCCUCCAGAAGUGCUUCUCACUGAAGCUGUCAAAAUUCUAGAGGAGAAGUGCGAGCAGAUCAUUAUCGAACUUUCUUGAGUUGAUGGCAAACAUGCAUGAAAAUGUUGUAGGAUGAUCACGGGGAAGAUCUUCCUUGCUGUUGAUGUUCCUAACGGGUUCUUCUUCCUGUGUAUACAUAUACGAAGUUAACAUUAUCCGAUACGCUCCAUAUUUUAUUUGGAGUAGAUUAUAUUCCUUUUUA